CACCGCAGAUCAAAGGUAUUCACGAUGAUCGCUGGGACUACUGUGACGCUCAUCUGUCUGCUAGCUGCUCUCUGCGUCAGCGGGGACUCUUACCCCGAAGAAUAUGACAGGCUGGACAUGGGAGACUUGUUAGGCGACAAGGAGAAGCUUGCCAAAUUCAGCGCGUGUCUUCGAGACGAAGGAUCCUCAUCUUGUACCGAAAAGUCGGCCGGUUUGAAAGCAUUUCUUCUGGAUGCUUUAAAAACUAAGUGCAGUAAAUGCACUGAAUCACAAAAGGGCCACGUCAAGAGAGCAGCAAUCUUUUUCUCUGAAAACCGACCCGACGACUGGAAGAUAAUUAUUCAUAAAUUACAACUUAACGAGACACAAGCAGCGGAAUUGAUUAAGUCCUUUUAAGAAUCAUAAGUGACCACGCAUGGACAACUACGAUGACGAAUCUGAGGCUUUAAUUUCUCAUUAGUUUCGAUGUUGGUGUUCUCAAAUGUCGACAUGUGACAUGUCAUUUUUAUUGUUCACUGGCGUAGAAUUAGUAGCUGGCAGGUGGUGGGACAUUUCACUUCCCUUCACGAGUCUUCAGAAAUAAAACAAACCCAGAGGAGAAGUACCACGGAAAGCGUCGAGAGAUACAGGAUGGUUAACAAUUAAGUUACCACAACAGCACGUAACGUAAACGUACUCUGUCAAAUUACAAACUUUGUACUUGUAAUCCAUUAUAUCGUUACUAUUUGACACCAACUGGUUCCACAAUCUUGUACCAUGAUCCUUCUCAUGAGUUACAGUGUAGAGUUUCUAAAACAGAUACAAAAAAAUACGAACUUGUAAAUUUCCAAAACUCGAUUUGUUCCUCGCUUGUGCUUCGGGCGAAGUUUGUCAGGGCCUGUCUUUAUAAUUUGUGGUGUACCUCUCGUAAAAUAAACGAAUGUCAAACUGUG